CGAAACAGCUCACGCCGCUCCAUCUUUACGUUUUAGCUACGAACUCCCCGAAUUCUUUUUUUAGUACGAUAUUGUGUCUUCUUUCCUUGUCCCCAUCGUUCGCACCCUCUUCCUCCUAGGGUUAGGGUUUCAUGGACGCCGAAGCGGCCGCGUCUCCCGGGUCCGCCGGCGGCGACGGCGGCGACGGCGGCGCCGCUCGGAGCCCCGCCGAGGCGUCAGAGGAGGACCAGGUGCGGGUGCGGCGGCGGACGCUCGAGGCGGUGCUCGAGCAGUGCCAGAGAGCGCUCGAGCUUCUCCGGGACGCCGAUCUGAAGGGCGAUACCACCAUGGCGGAGGAGGAGGAGGCGAUGGAGGAGGAGGAGGAGGGGAUGGUGGAGGGGGAAGGCCCCUCGACGAGCUCCCCGACGGAUGUUGAUUGUGAGAUCGUUGAGCUUUGUGAUCUUCUUAAGUCCAAAGUCGAAUCGCCUAAGUUUCUUGAAAAGCUUGGCUGCAGUCACCAGUCAGUCUUGCACAAUGUUGCUGCCGAUGACAAUGCAUCUUGGGAUAUGGUUACCCAGAUGGACCUCUGGGAUGAUAGACAUAAUACUGCUGACAAUGGAUCGGAUCAAGAUGAAUAUGUUCUUGUUCGUCAAGAGGAUAUCGUGGACGGGAUCGCCUGCUUCAUGGCAACAUACUUACUCUCACUGAAAGAAACCAAGUUUGUGCAGGAAAUGAAUCCUGAUCAACUACAAAAAGCCCUUAGCAAGACGUUUUCCUUAAAAAAGAAGAAAAGUAAGCUACGCAAGGCCUGGGAUGGAAGCAAAGUUAUCUAUAACGUUGUUUCCUGGGGUGCAACUGCUAUUGGCAUCUACCAGAAUCCAGCUCUUCUCAGAGCAGCGUCAGCAGCCUUUUGGACAUCCUGCCGCGUUAUAUCGAAGUUAAUAUGAACUAUUCGCCUCUAUUGAACUCCCAGUGAUUCAGGUGCUUCACAAAACUUGUUGGCUCACAAACUUUGCUGAACCCCCCCUUAACUUGUGCUUUAGAUGAUUAAAAAAAGACUCCACCGGAUUCCAUCCAUUUUGUGGAGCUUAUAGAGAUGCCUGUGCAUAGUUCAAAGUUUCUUGGUUGUAUUAAUUCUUUCAAAGUUCUUGUUGUAUCAUAACCUCUUUGUAAGUGUAUAUAUAUCACUCUUUCAAAGUUUCUUGGUUGAGACGUGAUGUAUCCUUACAAUAUAACACAAAGUUGUGCUAUUUUAACAGCGUUUGCCA